UCUGGGAAGGGUAGCUGUAAUACAAUCAGCCAGUUUCAAGGAAAACUAACUUCCUAGGCUUUCCCACAGUGCGUGGGCUCCCGGGGGUUUCCAGCUGCCUGCUGAUUCCUGAGGCUGGGGUGUCCUCCCUGCAGUACUAAAAGGACAGUGAGUACAGCUUCUAAGAGGCAACAUGGCAGAGUCCUCUAGCUACAAGGCCAGUCUUGGAGUCUUUAGGACCCGGGUUCAGAUCCUACUUCUGACACAUACGCCUUUCCUUCUCACCUCAAGGACUUGGUGAUGUCUCUGUCUCUGUUCUGGCGAUUGGCUUCCCGGAAAGCACUGCAGGCAUGCAGACAGGUCUCCACCUAUGUCACCAAGAUGCGGUACCUGUUUGAACUUAAAGAAGAUGAUGAUGUAUGUCGAAAAGCCCAGAGUUCAGGAAUAUUUUACCUUUUCCAUAGCCUGGCUCCUUUACUACAGAUGUCUGGGAACAGAUACCUGGCCCCUCCAUUUAGAGCUUCAGAGCUGGAAAGGAUCCUGAGCAAGUUUGGACAGGACACACGGAAGAUAGAACGCUCAGUCCUGAUUGGCUGCUCAGACCGGCGUGAAGCAUGGUUUGCCCUGGAUCUCAGUCUGGGAAGCCUUUGUUCCUCAGAUUCCUUGCAGAAAUCUGAAAUGGAAACUGAGCUCCAGGGUUCCUUUAUCCAGCUAAGAAAGGCUCUAUUCCAGCUGAAUGAGAAAGAUACUUCUUUGAUCUUCACGGCUCAGGCCCUUCUCCGUUGGCAUGAGUGCCAUCAGUUCUGUGGCAAAAGCGGGCAACCCACCCAGAAGAAUGUGGCUGGCAGCAAACGCAUUUGCCCCUCUAGUAACAUGAUCUAUUACCCGCAGAUGUCCCCUGUGGUGAUCACGCUGGUGUCUGACAGGACCCGAUGCCUGCUGGCCCGGCAGAGCUCCUUUCCUAAGGGGAUGUACAGUGCCCUGGCAGGAUUCUGUGAUGUGGGUGAGACGCUGGAAGAGGCUGUCCGGCGGGAGGUGGCUGAAGAGGUGGGGCUGGAGGUGGACAGCCUGCAAUAUUCGGCAUCCCAGCACUGGCCCUUUCCUAACAGCUCCCUCAUGAUGGCAUGUCAUGCCACCGUGGGGCCAGGACAGACAGAGAUCCACGUGAACUCCCAAGAGCUAGAGACAGCAGGCUGGUUCAGCCUAGAAGAGGUGGCCACAGCUCUCAAAAGGAAAGGACCACCUUCCAAUGAGCAAGAUGGCACCAUCCCCUUCUGGUUGCCUCCCAAGGCGGCCAUUGCUCAUCGAUUGAUUUGGGAGUGGGUGCAAAAGCAGAGCUCCUCUUCAAAUCUUGCUUAACCCAGAUCAAGCUACACACAUGUCUCAUCUACAUCCUUGGAGAGCCUAUCCAAGAAAAGAGAUUGAUGGAGAUGAUGGGACGGUGGCAAAAGGCAAACUCCAAACCAGCCUCAUCACAUAAAGGGCGGUGUGGUGUAGUGGAAAGAGUACCGGACUUGGAAUCAGGACAGACCUGCAUAGGAAUCCCACCUUCCUAACCAUCGGCAGGUCACUUAGAACUUCACUGAGCCCCAGUUUUAUCAUCUGCAGAAUGGGGAUAAUAAUAUCAGUAGACCCUACCUCAGAGUUGUUGUGAAGAUCAGAUGAAAUAACAUAU